CAUUGCGCGUAGGAAACGGCAGCAUUAUGAUCGCCCGAGCGCCCGAGGACAUGAAAAUUAAGACUGAGAAAAGAGUUACGCUGGCCAUGAUAUUCUUUUUGGUAGUCGUGCUGGCCACCAGCGUUGCCGCGGGCGAGGCAGCUUUCUGUCCAAAUGGCUGCAUCUGCGACGACGAGACCCUCGUUGUAUCGUGCAUCAACGCCAAGCUCGACGUCAUACCCAUAGCUCUGAAUCCAAGCAUACAGCGCAUUGUCCUGCGGGAUAAUCAGAUAAAGGUGGUGGAAGCUGCAGCCUUUCAAUUUUACGGCGAUCUACGCAACGUCGAUUUAUCGUUUAACCAUCUCUUUACCAUACCCGAUCACAGUUUCGAGGCGCAGAAGCAACUUGUCGAGCUCCAUCUCAAGCAUAAUAAGAUAUCCGCCCUCACGGAAAAGACUUUCCAUGGCCUCCGGUCGCUCACGGUCCUCAAUCUGCGCAACAAUUAUCUCGAGUCGCUGACGAACGGACUAUUCGCCUCUCUGGAUAAGCUGGAGGAGUUGGAUCUCGGGCAGAAUCGUAUAUCGAGCGUCGAGCCGGGUGCCUUUCAAAAAUUAGGAUCACUCCGAGUUCUCUACCUCGAUGAUAAUCAGCUUCAGAGUAUACCAUCCGCCGCUCUUGCGCCGCUCAACGCAUUAGCCGAAUUGCACAUAGGACUUAACGCCUUCUCCUCGCUGCCGGACGAUGCCUUCAAAGGUUUGGAGAGGCUGGCGGUAUUGGACGUAACGGCCGCCGGUCUCGAUAACAUUAGCGACGAGGCCUUACGCGGCCUAAACGCUUUAAAGAGCCUCAAGCUUAACGCUAACAAAUUGCGCGAAGUACCCACGAGACAGCUGUCGACUCUGCCUAGACUGGAAGAGCUGACGCUCGGCCAGAACUUCUUCACGUCCUUGAGAUCCGGUGCCUUCAAGGGCCUCUCCAAUCUCAAGAAGCUCGAAGUAUCGGGCGCUACGCUAUUAACGACCGUUAAGCGCGGCGCUUUCUCCGACAAUGGCAAUCUCGAGAUUCUCGUGCUGAAUAAUAACAAGAGACUGACGACAUUGGAGGACGGAGCUUUAGCCGGUCUGCCGAAUCUACGUCACCUAAUGCUGCGCGACAACAAUUUCGUUGGCUUCUCCGAGUCCCUCGUCGCCUGGAACGAGCUCCGGCGUCUCGACUUGAGCGAGAAUCCGCUCAUUUGCGACUGUAGCGUGCUCUGGCUCUCGGACGUCUUGGCACCGCGGAACUCGAGCCCGGUUAUAUGCGCGGAGCCGCGCGAACUCCAGGGCAAGUCCCUCAAGGGCAUGCGACCCGACGAGCUCGGCUGUGCAUUCUCAGACCCGAGGAAGCAGGCGCUCCUAGCGACACUCUGCGCCGCUGGUAUCGCAUUCUUCGCCGGCAUCGCCUUCAUUCUUUAUUAUCGGUGCAAGCGUCGCGUUCGGGACGCCUUCAAGGAUUACGAGUGGAAGAACCGGACGAUAUCGCGGAAGGAGCACGAGUACCAGAAGACCUUCUCCGAGGACGAGUAUAUAGUGAGGGCUGCCCACGGGCAUCAUCAUCAUCAAGGCUCGCAGCACCCGCUUCAUCUCCAUCAUCAUCAUCAGCAGCAACAGCAACAGCAGCAGCAGCAGCAGCAGCAGCAGCACCACCACCACCACCACCACCAGCAGCAACACCAGCAACAACAACAGUUGGCCGCUCAUCAGCAACAGCUGCAGCAGCAGCAGCAGCAGCAGCAGCAACAGCAGCAGCAUCAAAUUGCCUCCGGCAUUAAGCCAAUACCGGUAACGGAACUGUAGCUAGAGCUUCGGGCAGCGAGCCCCAGUAAUCAUCACGGCGGGGGUGUCUGGUUCCUACCACACGGUGGCACCACCCCGGCCGAGGGUUUCACCUACAUCGACGGGGAAACGGCGCACAAAAUGCGCCAUUCGGGGACGCUGCCCGGCUCGAGUUUGCGCCUCUGCUCGAACUCGGCCUGCACUAACGGCGACGUUGUUAACGGCACCGCCGCCACGCAUCAUCAUUAUAAUAAUCAUCACCACUCGUUGCGGCGCAGUGGCAAUCGUUCGACAAGAAAUAGUCCAAAAAACGCCUCGACGCCGAAUUCACCGUCACCGCCACCGCCGCCACCGCCACGCUACCCAGCCCAGUACCCAACAUUACCGAUUAACGGCAACGUCUGCCAUCAUUAUCAAACGCGCUACGGGACGGACAGAGAAGCGGGCACGGUGGGUGGUAGAGAGAGAUCGCGGGAUCGGAACAGGGAGUCCGGCAGACGUUUGGAGCAGCUCUCGGCCUCGUCGCAUCAGCAGCGUCAAGAGGAGCUUGAGAUUCAUCACGGAAGUCUGCCUCGGUGCGACAUGGCCGGUUAUCACGCGUAAAAUGUCGGUCGCGCUAUUUCGACGUUUCGUUGUUUCUGCGAAGGGCUGGCGCGGGUGCAUCUUUAUCGUUGCGCCGACGAUGGGAUGCCGAUCAUUAGCUAAGAAGACUGACGCUCCUGAUGAUGUCGCUAUCACGACGGGACCGCGCCCUACGAGCGAAGUAUUUUUUUUCUGUGCCCCGAUAUUAAAGGUGAAGAAGCUAUGGUGAUUAGCGCCGUUAUCGGCCGCUAGGGGAUGGGAAUGAUGGGGGCGGGGCAGGUGGGGCUGGGUCGUGUGAGCGUGUGUGUAAUCGACUCUAUAGUUAAGUGUACCUUCCUGCGGAUUCCGUAACGAUGCGCGGUGUGAAUGAUCGUUCUUGUACAUGAUUUAUCUUGUAAAUGAUAAUGCGUUGUAUUUAUUCGAGUGGAUUAUUUGAUUAAGUAGGCUGUCCUUUUAUUCGGUUAUUAUCGUACAUUGGCAAUCCGAGGCAAUAAAUGUUCUUUUGGCAAUUCCAACGACGUGGAAUAAGACUGCGCGUGACCGAGGGAUAUUUUAAGCUCGUCUAAUUAAAAUAAUAAGAAUAAUAAGAAUAAUAAGAUUAAUAAGAUUAAUAAGAUAUUAUAAGAUAUUAUAAUUGUAAUAAUGAUAAGAAGAUGAAUAGUAAUGCGCGCGACUUGGGUGCUGUCGCGAUUAAGAAAAGAAAAAAAAAAUGGCUAAGACGGCAGGUAGUCUCGAUUGCGCACUUUCCAUUAAAUGUCCAUUGAGAUCCACCUGUUCGUUAAUUCGAGUACGCCGUCUGUUGUUUUAUUUACUGUCCUUGCGGACGUUGCCGAUGAACAGGAUCGGAUAUAAUAUCACUAAGUAAAUUGAUCGAGAACACCAUUUAUCUGUGAAGAUUUAGACUAGUCGCUGAGGCAAAAAUUACGUAGUCGAGCCUUGGAUUGCCAACAAUAGAUCGUAAUUGUUUUGGAGAAUCGUGCGAACGGAUCCGCGAGAAACAUAUUCGUAUGAUCGUUU